AGUAACGCGCGCUGGGCUGCGCUGUGCGCCUCGGGGUCCGCCUGAGUUUGGUGCUCGCCCACCUCCUGUGUGGCGGGCGAGUGUGCCGUGCAAUGUGAACCCGCGGUGACCGAGUCGCGCUUGCCGGGGUCGCGCCCUCGCUCUCCUCGCGUCCCCGCCCCGCGUGCUGGCGACGGACGAGAGGCCUCGGAGCCCCUGUCGCCCGGAAAACAGGUCCUGGACUCUGCCCGCGGUGCAGAAAGGGCAAAGCUGGGGCCCGAUCCAGCCGCCACGGUUAAGCCUCCUACCCAGAAUAGCACCCAGGCCCUGCGACCAUCCAGGUUCAGGACGCCCUGGGAUAAUGCUGGGGCCCAGCGAUCUCCCCACUGUCCGAACCAUAAGCCUCGCAGAAGAACACCGAGCCUUGGCCACUGUUCAGGUUAAGGGCCAAGAAUAAUACUGAGGCUCAGACACAGGCUGGUCCUGGGCAUUUAACAGCAAAAGCACCUUAAAGACCUUCCAAGGAAGGGACCGUGGGUGCUGGACAGACAGUGGUGUUUAAAAGGGACCAGUCCUCUCCAGAGGCCAGGAGGAGGUCAAAGAAAGGAGAGAAAUUGCUAAGCAAGAUCUCCUGCUGAAAGGGGAAAGGCUGGGUCUAGAAUCCGGUGAACUAGAAUCCUGUUGCUCAGCAUCCAUUUUGAAUAUAAGUUGGACUAACUCAUGCAGAAGCAGGGCUCAGUUCCUCAGGCCUUGGGCGGGUUCCUGGGCCUGCAGCCUGCUUGACUGGUCCUGCUGACCCCAGCCCCCUGGACUGUGUGGGCAUGCCAUAGCCGCCAUCUCAGUCACUGCUCACCUGGAGCUGCUGCUGGCUUUUCACCCUCAGGGUGAGGGGGAUUGGGUGUUACUUCAAAUUGUUGGGAGGUGCAGACUGCAGGCACAAAGCACAGUUACACCCCCCCCCCAAAUGUUUUUGUAAAACUUUGUGUCCAUGGGAAAAACUAAUAAUAACAGUCCUGCUAAGAAAGUGUUCACAGUUACCACUUUUGACUGGCCUCAGGUCCCAGGUGUGAACAGGCUCCCACAUGGUGUGAACAGUCUGAUUGCCUUCUCUUUCUAAAAUUAUGCUUCAUUGUUCUUGGUAAACAAAUGCUGGCUUCCUGGUCAGUUAUCCUGUUAUCAACUAUCACCUGGAGCGGCUCUCAGCAGGGAUGACUCAUGAGGCUCCCUAGGUUCCCUGCCCCAAGCCUCACCUGAAGAUGCUAGUGCUGAUGUCCUGGAGGUUCAACCAAACCCCUUGCACCAGUCCGUUGACACACCUUCCAGGAGAGGCUGAGUGCUUACAGCAGCACAGGAAGCUCUUCACUCUGGGUUGCUUCCCUGCCGCCCUUCAGUCAUGGGACAGACUGCAGUUGAGCCAGCACCUCGGCCAGGCAAGUGACAGCUUGAAGCGCCCUACGUCCUUCAGCAUUGCUGCUACAAAGCAUCCCUGGGGCAUGGAUGGCAGAGGGAACAGGUGUGUGGUCUGCAAAGUCAACAGAGGUGUGCACCUAAAAUCAUGCUAGGAAAAAAUCCAGGGGAGAGGAAAUGAGCCGGCAAACCCACCAGGAAAUGUCCAUGUGUCUGGAAAAUUUUAAUCCAAUGCGGGUCUAUCCUAUUUGUUCUUAACUAGGAUGUAACUGCCCUCUGCACUUUGGGAUUGUCAGGGGAGCAUUCGGUUGCAUAUAGAAAUGGAUUUCCAUUUCUGUCACAUAAAAAUAAACACUUCUCUGGGAGCAGUGGUGCACCCAACGUCAUUCAUCCCAACGGCUCAGGGGGCUGAGGCAGGAGGAUGGCAAGUUCAAAGCCAGCCUCAGCAACUUAGUGAGGCUUUAAGCAACUUAGACCCCAAGUAAAAAGCAAAAGGUGCUCCAGAUGUGGAUGGAUGCAUGAGGCACUGGGUUCGAUCCUCAGCACCACAUAAAAAUAAAAUAAAGAUAUUGUGUCCACCCAAAACUAAAAAAUGAAUUUAAAAAAAGAGAUUGUAUCCAUCUAAAAAUAAAAUAUAAAAAAAAAUUUAAAAAAAAAAAAAGAAUGAACCGCCCCUUGACAAGAGGGAUGCAGGGAAAUUUAGGGCUGCUGUCGAAGGGUGGGCUCGAAACUUCCCUGGCCACUCAGUUGUUUCCUAGAAAGCCCUCCAGCCUGUGCGUCGAUCAAGGAGGACUGAUGGAUGAGUCAUCUCGAGAGUGAGGUACGAGGUGGAUUGUGCUCCGUCUCUGUGCUCUGUGAAACACUUGGAAAACAGAACAUUUCAAAAGAUCAGACAAAAUAAAAAUAGAAGUUCCGUUUUUUCUCCCUGCACUUUGAAACAUUAUCUGGGCCCACAAACUCCAUUUCAGAAAACACAAACCUAGAGAAGCUAAGCUCUUGGGCUGAGGAUGAAGAAAGCCUCGCACCAGCAGAAAGGAAAGACCUCGGGACCUCCCCUUCUCCAUCGCAAAAUGCCCUGUAGUUUCCGUUAGCCCUGCAGUGUCAGGGUCUGCAGACAGCAGAACAGCGUGGGUGUGGAGAGUGCUAACAGAGUUGUGCAGGCUCGACAAGUCCAAGUUGGACAGGGAGGACAGGCAGCUAGAGACUCAGGAAGGGGUUCAAGUGCAAGUCAGGCUGCUGGCCACAGUCCUUCUUGUUCAGGGCAAUCCGUCUUCCUUCUCUUCAGGCCUUCAACCCAUUGGAUGAGACCCACCCAGAUAAUGGAGGGACAGAGAUUUCUGUCGGCACGGCCACAGCACCUGAGGUGGUGUGUAAGAGGCACCUGCCAGGAGGGGAGGGACAAGAUGACAGAUAUUUUCCAAGCAAAGCAGAGACCUGCCAGGAAGACCACGGGGCAGGAAGGAAGACCCAGACCCACAAGGACUGCAUGGAUGCCGUCGGCCUCAAAGAGGGAGACUGCGGAUGGUGGGGUGGCCAGGGACAGGCUGCAGAGGGCAGCUGACAGCUCAGCACAGCGAGAGCCCAGCUGCUGGCUUGGGCCAACUGGGCCUCGACAAAGCACUGAGCCUGCAGCCCCAGGAGGGCUUGCAGAGGGCCUCCUGCAGCAGUGCAGGGGCCAUCACAGGACACUGGCGCUGACGUUAGUGAAGGAGUCAAGCCCUUGCAAAGGCCCCUGUGGAAGAAGAGGUGGCCCAGAGGUGGCUCUGCCGUAUGAGGACAGCUCACGCUGUGAGAAGGGCUGUUGGAAGCACAGGGCCCAAUGACAGCCCUUCCUUGGCUCAUCCUGGGUUGCUCUAGGGUUCCGGGAUCCCCGCCCUCCCCAAGACCACAGGCUGACACCAGCAGCAGCAAUCACAGCAGCUCUGGGGACAGAGCUGCCGAGGGAGCAGACGCUGGCACGCCAGGCGGUCUUCCUGUGGCCUGGCACCGUCAAACGUCACAGGCCCUGUGGCCAGGGUGACCAAACAACCUGCCGUCCACAUGCAGACCCUUUCAUGCCUGAGAGCAGCACGGUUGGUGUCUACGCUGAGACAAGAGGCGCUACCCGCGGGCUCUUGCUCCAGGGAGGUGACUGGCAUCGAGUCGUGUCUGUUUAGCGGAAAGGGGCCUCGCAGCUCCCCCAGCAGCCCCGAGCAGACAGGCCACCUGCUCACCUGCUGCGUCUCCCUGUGCCUGCUGCUGAGUGUCCUGUGGCUCCAAACCAAGGUCAAUACCACAGGGAACAGGGACUUUGCCCGUCCACCCGCUCUCCUGGCCUCGCCUGUGCUCACAGCAGCUCCCCAUCACGUUUUCUAACUCCCUGGUGCCCUCACCUAGCUGUUUACCAGACCAGAGCACAGUGACCUGAGUUGUGUGUCCCCAGUGAAGGCCACUUGUCCCCAUGCAAGCACUCCCAGCCAAACCACACACCAUCUCACACAACAAUCUGGGACAGGCACGGAUUGAAAUUUAACCAUCUCAGGGGUUUGGGUGAGCUCCUCAAAGAGGCAGUAUGCCCCACUCACUGUCCUGACCGGAGCGUGGUCAGACAGGGGAAGUCGCCUCCUUGGGAACAGCCAGAGAUGUUCAGGGUCACGGUGCUGGGGAGGGACCCCUGCAAGCCCUCAGCUGUGGCCUCCUUGGUCAAGCAGAUGUGGGGAACUUCCCAAGGUCAUGCAGCAAGGCCAGCACGCUGGUGCUCCCAGCGUUCCUGCACCCAGAGAAGUCAGAAUGAGGCAGGCCAGGUCUCCAAGUCAGGGGGCACCAGGCAAUCUCCCAUCAACAUCCAGCGGAGGGACAGUGUCUACGACCCCCAUCUGCAGCCGCUCAGAGUGUCCUAUGACCCCGCGUCCUGUCGCUGCAUCUGGAACACGGGCUACUUCUUCCAGGUGGAGUUUGACGAUGCUGCUGAGCAGUCAGGGAUCAGCGGGGGGCCUUUGGAAAACCACUACAGACUGAGGCAGUUCCACUUCCACUGGGGAGCAGUGGACGAGCGGGGCUCGGAGCACACGGUGGACGGCCACACAUACCCGGCAGAGCUGCACCUGGUUCACUGGAACGCUGCGAAGUACCCGGCUUACGAGGAAGCCGUCCUGGGGGAGAAGGGCCUGGCCGUGCUGGCCGUGUUCCUGCAGGUGGGGGCCCGCCACGAGGCCCUGCAGAGGCUGGUGGACGUCUUGCCAGAAAUAAAGCACAAGGACAUGCGGGCGGCCAUGGGCCCCUUCAACCCCUCCUGUCUGCUGCCUGCCUGCCAGGACUACUGGACCUACUCGGGCUCCCUCACCACCCCGCCCCUGGCAGAGUCCGUCACCUGGAUCAUCCAGAAGCAGCCCGUCCAGGUGGCUGCCAGCCAGGUCUCGGCCUUCCGGGAGCUCCUGUUCUCCCCGCUUGGUGAAGAGGAGGAGUUCAUGGUGGACAACUGUCGCCCACGCCAGCCCCUGAUGGGCCGGAGGGUCCGCUCGUCCUUCAGGCCACUCAAGUGGGGAUGAGGUCCUAGAACCGUCAUGUCCACAGAGUAGGCAGCGCGGACCUUGCAAGGGUUCCCACUCUGGUGACUGUGCUUCUCGGAUUAAAAGAGGAAGAGCGUG